GCCACAAUCUCAUCUCUUCUCUUCUCUUCUCUUCUCUUCUCUCUUCUCUUCCAAAUAUUAAGAAUCAACAAGGGAGAAAUAUCCCACGCGCGCUCACGUCUCUAUUCUCUAUCCACCGUUCCAUUCCCAAAAACCCAACAAUACUCCAAUUCCAGUCAAUCAAUGGCUGCUGCUUCGUUAUUGCUCGAACCCAAUCCAUUGAAAUGGAAACAGAGCUUUCCAAUUCUACCUCCUCGUCCAAUCCCCAACAAUUACAGCCUCACCCUCACCAGACCCACCAACUUCACCGGAAUCAUAAACAUUCAGGGCUCGACCAAACUCAGCGUCAAAUGCUUCUUCCACGCCAAGAAACGUUCUUUCGACCCGGAACAUUGCUCUGAAUCGAUUACCAGACAAAACCCCGCGAACCCAUUUGAGGUUGUGGCCAAUACUGUAAUGAAGGCCUUGAAUGCGUUGAAGAAGCCAGCGAUUGCGGUGGUUUUGCUGGGGUUGUUGUUGAUGUACGACCCCAAUACGGCAUUAGCAGCCUCGGGCGGAAGGGUGGGGGGAAAGUCGUUCUCGUCGCGCUCGGGGGCGCCUUCUUCGUCGAGGAGCUACUCUGUGCCACCUUCGGCGCGCUCGGGGUUUUCUUACUCGGCGCCGUACUAUGGGCCCUCUCCAUUCGGGUUUGGCGGCGGUGGGGUUUAUGUGGGUCCGGCGGUUGGUGUGGGAGCUGGGUCCAGUUUCUUUCUGAUAUUCAUGGGUUUCGCUGCUUUUGUUUUGGUUUCGGGGUUUCUUUCGGAUAGGUCAGAGGAUAGUGUGCUUACUGCGACAGAAAAGACAAGCGUUCUCAAGGUUCAGGUCGGGUUGUUGGGCAUGGCGCGUGAUCUUCAAAGGGAUCUUGAUCGGAUUGCUGAAACUGCAGAUACCUCUACUCCUCAGGGCCUAAGCUAUGUGUUGACAGAGACAACACUAGCUUUACUUCGACAUCCAGACUAUUGCAUUUCAGGCUAUUCAUCUAUGGAUUUAAAGAAGAGUAUGGAGGAUGGAGAGAAGCGCUUUAAUCAACUUUCUAUUGAAGAACGUGGGAAAUUUGAUGAAGAAACACUUGUCAAUGUCAACAACUUAAAAAGGCACAGCACCAAAAGCCAGAGGGCAAGUGGAUUUAGCAAUGAGUACAUAGUGAUAACUGUUUUGGUGGCUGCUGAAGGAGUACAUAAGCUACCUGCUAUCAAUGGCGGUAAGGACCUGAAGGAAGCCUUGCAAAAACUCGCCUCAAUUCCCUCCAACAAAAUACUUGCAGUAGAAGUUUUGUGGACCCCUCAGAAUGAAAAUGACACUCUGUCAGAGCGCGAACUACUUGAAGAUUACCCUCUUCUCAGGCCUUUGUAAGAGUAUAUGCUGCUCAGUUGCAUCCUGUAUCAUCAACGGGUAUGAACUGAGCAAGAUCUCAUUAUCAAUUGGGCCAUUUGUAUAGGGUUAUAGUGUAUAGCUUACAAAAAAAUUAUACUAGUUUAAGAUUCCACUACUGGUCCUUGUGAUUUAUUAAUGUGUACAACUUUUGAGACAAGAAAAGUGCUCCAUGUUAUGAUUACAAUUUUGUUGGUAGGUUUGUGGUAAUGACCUUUGGCUUCAUACACGAGUCUGAUAUGAAAUCGUUGAACUACA